AUGGCAUAUAAUUAUGAAUAUGGAAUGAACGGCUCUCUAGACAGACCAGGGGCCUCACGAAGGUCCCGUAUUAAUGAUAUCUCCAGUAGAAAUAACUCUAAUAAGCCUUCUCAAAGAUCUACUCUUGAGCCUAUGGCAGGGUCUGCUUAUAGUAAUUUCUCCCAAAAGAGUAAUAGAAGUACUUCUGGAGGAAGGCAAUAUUCAUACAGAUUAGACAAUAUCACUAAUAAAUUAGCUGAGAGGAAUAACCCAGUAGUUCAGUCCUUUAAAGACAAGUCGAAUAAAAGAAUAGACUCUGGGUACAAAAAUAAUGAUUCUUCUCAUUUCAAAAGAAGUAUGCAGAAUUUUGGAGUCUCUCAUUCACUGGAAAGAACUGAGUUGCCUAAAGUUGAGAGAGUGUCACAGUAUAGAGAGAAGACCCCAGAGAGUAUACCUCAGAGUAAAGCCUCUUCGAGAGGGAUGGUUAACUAUGCCAAGUCUUUACAAAAUUCUGGAGAUAAUCUUUUCCAGACAUCUGCCAUACGAAGGUUUAAUAACAAAAAGCAAUUAGAUGUGAUUUAUGAGGAUCCGUAUAAUCAGAAUGAACUUGACCCAAAGCAGAAGGAGAUUUUAGAAAGGUAUUAUUUGAGAUCGAAGAGGAAGUUAGCUCCAUCACAAAGAUCUAUGAUAACACCAGCUUUAACUCCGGAUAAUAACAUCAAGUUUGUUGAUAAUGGAAGUCUUGUAAAGAAUCCAAAGAAUAUGCGAACUCCUCCCCCUCCCAUGUGGGGAGAGGAGUCUGAGAUAGAUGAGACUGCAGGAGAACCAUUCUAUGAUCCUAACAAUGACCCAGCUAGGAACUCUAAGGUACUGGCACACCUGGAUUCUUCAAGGACUAAAAGAAUGAGUUUCAUCAAAGAGAGACUAAAACAAAACGGAGUCGAUGUCAAUAGCUCAGAUAUGUUUGUGAUUCAAGAUAAAAGACCUAAAGGAAGCAAACUCAAGAAGAAAAUAGUUUAUAUUUAUGACUCUGAUAGCGAAGAGGAUGAAAAUCAGACAAAUAUUGAUUCUAGAAGAAGCAAUAUUGGGACUCAGUAUAGUGUCGUUCAAUCAAGAAGAAGUGGAAUUUACUCACAAAGAAUGGAUAAGCAUAAUCAAUCUUCUGAUCUUAAGUAUUCUAAGCCUUACCAAGAUCUUCCGUCAAGGAAAUACCAGAAUAAGAGCUACUAUCAUGAGGCAACUCCUAAAACUUCAAUAAGGCAAAUGAAAGCGACUACAAAAAUGCCGAAUAUUCAUCCAGGAGCUAACAAGGUUCAACUAUCUUCCCUGAUGAAUAAGCCAGCAUCAAGUUCGACAUCUAUACUGGGAAGCAGGCGUAUUAGGACAAGUGCUUUUCAAAGGAUCAAGGGAUAAGCUUUCUCUAAUGACCGUCUUGUUGAAUCAAUGUCGAAUAAAAUUUAAGCUAAUCAUACCAUCUGAUAGCACAGGAUUUC